UGUCACUCUCACCAUUCUCUCCAUCUCCAUCUACACCACAGCAACAACAAAAUCAACAUCACUUUUGUCAUCCUUUUCGUUAUCUCUCUCUAAAAACCCUAGACGCAUGAUCUUCAGAUCUCUCAGCGAUUUGUACACCGUAGUUACCAGUUCCAGCCCUAAAUUGAUCGCCCAUGAAGAAAGCUGCCUGCUUUAGCAUUCUAAAUUCACGAAUGGAUCACGCUUGCUUUCAUUCUCUGAAUCUCAAAUUGCUGCUUUCUAGUGCCGAUGAACGAUGGGGGAGAACCCCAACUCAACUUCAAAGUCGGUGGUUUCCGGUGAUCACAAUUGAGGAUAUUAGGCUUCUUCAUAUUUAUCAGAAUAUGUAUAUUAUGGUUGUAAUAUACAAGCUAAAACCAUCUAUAAACGGUUGUUUUCUUGGUCCACAGCCGGUGGGAGAAGGGGUCAUGGCCAGAGGCAGGGAAAGGAGACCACAACGCUCUAAGUUUGUUAGAAUCCAGUUUCUAAAUCUUGAUUCUAAACAACUGUUGGUCAUAUGAAUGUAGCAUAAGGGCCAUAUUAAACAAUGAGGAUUCAAAAUAGUUGUAUUUUUUUAUACUCAUUUGUGACUGCAAGUCAUUGAUUGAGCUAUGUGAGUGUGUGUGGAUGCUUAGUUUUUCAACCUUUGUUACUAAUUUACUUAUUACCUUCUGGAGCUUA